GGCAUGGACAUGAGCGAACAUGAGAGCAGGGAAGAAGGUUCUGCUUCAUGCCUGGAAGGAUUGACUGAGGCGUGUAUCGAUUUGAACAAGUUGCUGGAUUCCCCUUGCUUGUCUGCAAACGAUGCAUGCCCAAUCGUUGGGGGGCCCAUGGACAUGAGCGAACAUAUGAGGAAAGAAGGAUCUACUGCAUCUCUUAUAGAUCUGAAUAAGUGUGCCUUGCCGGAAUUUAGCGAAUUUUCUUGGGAUGCCGGUGGCGCAGUCUCUGAAAUGGGAGGAAAUGAAGUUGUUAGUGGUUCAAUCAGCAUCUCAUCAAAUGAAAGGGAGGGGUGUUCUUCUGUUCCAGCUGGAUCUUUAGGGAAUGAGGUGGUUCUGAAUCAGCAAGCAUCUGAAGGUGAAGAAAGACAAGCAUGGCAGAAGAGGCCUCGUUUAGGACAUAUGGCUAAUGAUCAGGAAGAGACGACAGAGAACCCUACUGCACUAGAGAAAGCACUGAAGAGCUUUGUCACAAGGAAGCAUGGGUUAGUGGUGCAGCCUUCUGUUGGAACGCAUUUUGAUUCAAUGGCUGAAGCAUUUGAGUUCUACAACCUUUAUUCCUGGGAGGUUGGUUUUGGGAUCCGCUUCAAUCACACUUCUAAUUACGUAGUUGCACCAAUUGUAAUGCACAAUAUGAUCAACAUUUUUCAAAGCACCCCAAAAGUCUACUGUCACAUAGUCAUGCUUCACUAAUGGUACAAGCAGGUGACCCAUACUAUUGAUUACAAAGGCAGCCUGAAAACAUUCUUGCUCCAAACGGCUCGAAUCUGGUGAAAUGUCUCUGCACAGGAAUGACUCAACUCGUUUCAAGCUAUGUGAAUCUUUGUCUAAUAGACCCAGUGCUGAGCGCAUGAAUGACACCGCAUCAGGUGUGAUACUAGCAUCAGGACCAUCUACCUUUCUUAAUCCACAAGGAA